AUGGUUUCACCCACCGCGGUGCGCGCCGAUCCACCCUUCCCCGUGGAGCGCCUUCCCGACGGCGUUCUCGCGCUCGUCCUCCGCUCGCUCGCGCCGACCUCCUUCCGCCACGCGCUCGUUUCUAAGCGCUGGUACCGCCUCGCCACGUCCGCGCUCUCCCACUUGACCAUUCAGCAUCGAUGCAGAGAAAUAGGCAAUUCUGAUCACCCAGCGCAGCUUGCGUGGCUCCCGCUCCCGCGCCUUCUUUCCACGCUCCGACGCUUCCCCACCCUCACGCACGUGUCGCUGGGCGAGUUCUCCAUCGUAUGCGCCGACGGCGACGCGCUCUUCCAAUGCCUGGCCGCCACGUGUCCGUUCCUGAGCCAUCUAACGGUGGAGCAUCAGUAUCGCAUGGCGGUUACAGUAGACGGCCUCGCGUCGCUCUUCCACGGGUGCCGCAAGCUCAGGGAACUCCGCCUGCUCACCACCGACGGCCUCCCGCAUCUCCCACCGUCCAUCUCGCUCCUCACAGAUCUCCAAACCCUCCACGUGUGCGCUCAUCCUCUCUAUGGCGAUGACUCGUUACAGGAGCUCGUUUCGCCGCCCGAGAGCAUCGGCGCGCUGCAGCAGCUGCGGGAGUUGCGGAUCCACGCGGGAGCGAGUUUCCAGGGACUGGGAGAGUGCGUGGGUCUCCUGAGGAACCUCCGCAACCUGAGUAUCAGUACUCACUCCUCGAGAACCGUCACGAAGCUUCCCGACGCGAUUGGCGGCGACUUGGAUCGGCUGGAAACCCUGGAAAUCGAGCUGGACGGGCUCGAGUGCCUUCCGGAAUCCCUCCAACUGCUGACCGGGCUGAAAACCCUCUCUCUCCAAUCCAAACGUCUGCAGCGCCUGCCCGGAAAUGUUAUGGCGGGGCUGACGCAGCUGCAGUCUCUUUCCCUCCACGCCUGCAAUGCCCUCGGGAUUCUCCCAGAGAGCAUCUGCUUCCUCCCUCUCUCCUCCCUCUCCAUCUCCUCCUGUUCCUCGCUCAUCUCACUCCCACACCACAUCGGCACCUUGUCCCAUCUGCAAACCCUAAAGCUCCUCUCCCUUGAGAAUAUCCGGGUUCUGCCCGAAAGCCUGGGUGAUUUCCCCCAGUUAAAAUCGCUCGAGCUGGACCUGCCCGCGCUGGAGCAUCUGCCUGAGAGAUUGUGUGAAGGCAGCCUUUCUUCGUGCCUGGAAAAUCUGAGCCUGACGAACUGCAACCAACUGAUGGAGCUUCCUCCCUCACUAUACAUGCUGACUCGUUUAGAGUCCCUCCAUAUCGAGUCAUGCUCCAAUAUAGAGUCCUUGAAGCCGCUGACCCCUCCGGGCCUCCCUGAACGGUCCGGAAGUGCAUUGGAAUUGUUCAGCCUGGCUGAAAAAGUGAUCAUUGGUGCACUCCUUUCCGUGAUGGAAGUGAUCUCCCUGCCACUGCUCACGCUGCGAGAGCUGCUAGAACAGUCCUCUGCUGCCACGCACGCUUCCGCUGGCGCUGAAAGUGGCAGUCCUCUCGCCGCCGCUGUGUCGCUGCUUCUUGUUGUGGCGCUGCUGCUGAUCUCUCUGGUGCCCAGUGCGUGGCUCUAUCCUGCCAUGCUGCUUGCUGCUGCGCUGCUGGUGAUCCUCGUACCUAUCCGUGCUUUUGAUCCUGCUGCAAAUAGCACGGAACAACACCCGGGCUUAUUUUCCCUCACCGAAUUAAAGGUUUCAGGCUGCCCGCUUAUCGCCUCCCUCCCAAAAAACUUCUCCUUCCCUGCCCUGCACACGCUCAACCUGCAUUCUUUGGGCAUUCCAAAAGAUCUCCUGGACUUAUCCAGCAAGCAGCUGCCGCAACUGCAGCGGCUGGAGUUGGAGAGGGUGGGUGGUGCGGCUGACCCAUGGCUGGUGGACUGCCUUCCCGGUGUGCGGUCGGGGAGAAUGCGGCUUCUGCUGCAUGUCAGAGCUCUGUUUGUGCUUCUGCACGUGGUGGAUUCACUUCUGCAGCUGGCUGUGUUGCUGAUGAGGGCGGGUUGUUCAGGGCUGCACGGUGCGUACGCUUGGUCGGCUGGUCUUGCAUGCCGAUUGUGCAGGCUGGCGUUGAGGUGGUGUGAAAAGGAGGCGGAAGAAAGGAACCCACUUGUUGUGAGUCGUGACUUGAGAUAG